CUACGCAGCUAGCACUUGAAAGAUCAAUGUCCUUUUCUUCUUUGAUUAACAUGUGUGGUUCUGAUGAAAUCGUAAACUUUUUUCUGCUCAGGCAAAUGUACUCAGUCCACUGUACCCUUUCAAUACGUUAUCUCUAGCUCUAUUUAAUUACUCUUUCAAACUCUUGCAGUUGAUCUAGGGCGAGCUUGUGAGCAAAUUACUUGCUACUAUUGCAGAUUGAGCAUCCAAUUUGCUAUCAAAAUUUGCCUGUCAUUUGUAGCCAACCAUUCUAUCUAUUUUAUUUUCUUCUAUAUAUCGAGCAACUUGAACAGCAUGGCCAUGACUAUUCAAAAGUGGCUACUCUUUCUGUUUUUGCAUUUACAUCUUCAUGUUCUCCUCCUAGCGCAGCCUGAUUUACAAUACAAACAAUGUUCGGUCAGUGAUACUGAUACCUAUACGGAAAAGAGUACAUACCAUAAAAAUCUUAUCUCGCUCCUCUCUUCCCUUUCCAAAAAAAUAGAUAAAUAUGGUUUCUACAAUGCUUCCAUUGGCCAAAACUCCGACAUGGUCAGUGCUAUUGUGCUAUGUAGAGGAGAUGUGGAUCUUGAAGGAUGUCGCAGUUGUGUCAGUGACAUUGCUCAAGUUCUUGUACGUUCAUGUCCUAACAAAACAGAAGCUUUUGGUGGCUAUGAUGACUGUAUGUUACAGUAUAGCUCGAAUCGAUCCAUUAUAGGCGCAAGGUCAUUUUCUACUCCACUGUACAUGUGGAAUACUGAGGAUGCCUCAAGACAUAAGGAGUUUAACCAGACGCUGAUAAAAUUAUUGGAUAAUUUACGAGACCUUGCUGCUGCUGCUGGUCGCUUUCGAAAAUAUGCUAGUGGCAAUGUGACAGGUCCAAAAUCUCAGCCAAUAUUUGCAUUUGUGCAGUGUACUCCUGACUUAUCUCCUCAGAAUUGCUCUGAUUGCUUAACUGAGGCUUAUGGAGAUUUGCCGGAAUGUCCCUGCUAUAACAUGAGAGGUGGAAGAAUCAUAGGUGCUAGGUGCAAUUUCCGUUAUGAAAGUUACAAUUUCUUAAAGCAUGUGUCGUUGGAAGCUCUGCCACCGGCAGGGAAGGAUGAUAAAACAGCUCCAAUAAGGAAGGAUGAUAAAACAGCUCGAACUGUGAUCAUUAUGGUUGUAGUUAUAGUUGUUAUUCUUAUUGGUUGCAUUUCUAUCAUAUCUAUGAAGAGGCAAAAGAGGAAGCUAGUGGACAGAGUUCAGACUAUAAGCGCUGAUGAUAUUAGCACCACAGAGUCCUUGCAAUAUGAUUUUUCUACAAUCAUAGUAGCAACAAACAACUUCUCAAAUGCUAAUAAGUUGGGACAAGGUGGAUUUGGUCCUGUGUACAAGGGCAUGCUACCAAAUGGACAAGAAGUAGCAGUGAAAAGAUUGUCUGUAGAUUCAGGACAAGGUUAUCUAAAAUUCAAAAAUGAGGUGUUGUUGGUUGCUAGGCUUCAACACCGGAAUUUGGUCAAGUUACUGGGAUUUUGUCUUGAUGGAACAGAGAGACUUCUUGUCUAUGAAUUUGUUCCAAAUGCAAGCCUUGACCACUUUUUAUUUGAUCGAGUGAAAUGUAGGCAAUUGGAUUGGGAAAUGCGAUCAAAAAUCAUAGGAGGCGUUGCUAGGGGAAUUCUUUACCUCCAUGAAGAUUCUAGACUUCGCAUCAUUCAUCGUGAUCUCAAAGCUAGUAAUGUUCUACUAGAUGCAGAAAUGAAUCCUAAAAUUUCAGACUUUGGCAUGGCAAGGUUGUUUGCAUCGAAUGAAACUCAAGGCAACACUAGCAGAAUUGUUGGGACCUAUGGGUAUAUGGCACCGGAGUAUGCAAUGCACGGGAAAUUUUCAGUCAAAUCGGAUGUUUUUAGUUUUGGAGUACUAGUCUUGGAAAUUAUAAGCAGCCAAAGAAACACUUGUUCCAAAAAAGAAGAAUCUAUGGAAGACCUUGUGAGUUAUGUUUGGUCGAACUGGCGUGAAGGAACAAUUACAAAUUUGAUAGACCCCGUGCUGAGGGGAAGCACAGGACCGAAUCGUGACAUAAUGAGAUACAUCCACAUAGCUUUAUUGUGCGUUCAAGAUAAUGUUGCUAAUAGACCACACAUGAGUGCAGUGCUUCUCAUGCUCAGUAGCUGCUCUCUGAAUCUUCCAGUGCCACACAAUGAUGUAAACCCACAAAUUUCAAGUAUGUCAGGGUCAAGCAAACUAACCGAAAGUAAAUUAAUUUCUUCAUCAGGAAGUGAGGUGUGGAUAACUGAGUUGUAUCCUCGAUAAAAUCCUUAGACACAAUGCAGACAAUCUAUACGCAAACACAUAUUAUGUAUUUAUUGGCUUAGUGUAAACACUGAGUGAGAUUAAGUUUUUACCCCUUUGUAUC